CCGGCAACCCCUCCCAUUUUCUCCACACAAGCCGAGCUCCUCGAGCUCUCGCUCUCUCUCUCUCCUCCCAUGUCCGGCCGUCGUCGCCGUCGGCCGAUCUCCUUCACCGCAGCUCCACAACCCAAACCCUCGCGCCAUCGGGCUUUCCUUGACGAGGGGAAUCCAUUUUUCUAGUUUCCCCUCUUCCCUAUCCACUCCAUCAAGCCACCACAACCACCUCCCUUGCAGCCGAAGAGAAGCUCUUCUACUCGCCGUUCCGGCCAACUCCUCCUCUCUCUCGGCCAGCCACCGACUUCCCCGGGUGCGCGUCGCUCGGGAACACGCUUGGCCGCCGCCGUCGAAGCCGUUCCACCAUCGGAGCACCGGCGCCCCUUCUCUCUCUCUCUCUCUCUCUGUUGUUACACGGGAAGAAGAAGAGAAGGAAGAAGAUAACGGGAGGAAGAAGAAGGAAAAGAAAAAGAAAAAGAAAGACUGACAGUAGAGUUUAUUAUAUUUUGGAGGCAACCUGUGGUGUUUCGAGGAUCGGAUAAUCAGGUUGCCUACCUUGGAUUUAUUUGCGUUGGAGCAAGCACAAAGAAAUGCUUCUACAGAUAUUGCAUGAUGCUCAGAGAUAUUCUGCAUUCCGGAAAGGUCUUGCAAUGAUUGACAUUUGUCAGCUGAAAAAUGAUCCUGAAGAAGUACUAAAAUGGCUCAAAUUUUCAACUGGAUGGUCUGUGCUGCACAAUAGUGAGCUAAGAAUUGGUUUAAAGAGGCACAUGGACCUUCUGAAGGAACACGAGGGGAAUAAAAUGAACCCAUUGUCCAUGCCUGAGGAUGAAAAUUUAGUUUUGGAGAAGAUAAAUGCAGAGCUGUGUUCAGAAUUGGAGAAAAUGAUAGGUACCUUUGACUGGGCACUUAUGAGUCAGUAUUACUACAAGGCGAGAUUUAGCAACUUUGCAAGACAAUGUGCUAUUCAAGCAAGAGCGAGUGGAGUUAUUCUUGUUAAGCAGGCUCUACCUAUACGAGAAACUUGGAAGGAACAGAAACAAUCCACAAGUCCAAAAGUGUCAAAGUUGUCGCUCGAGGAUUGCUUAGGCUCACUACGUCGCCCACUACGUAGAAUAAAUGAGCAAUUUGGUAGAGGUGCUGCUCGUGGUAAGCCGUGGCUACUUGCUGCUUUUGCUUCAAUCGCAACGGCUGCAACAGUUGGCAUGUCCAGCACACGCUAGAGAUGAAGGUUGAUAUAUGUGUAGUUCAUGCUCUGGUAGUCGUUGAUGGGGCCAAAGCUCAACACUCAAUUUGUUUAUGUUGUGUCCCUGUUCGUAGACCGUCGGCUAAAUGAUUGAGCCUUAAUCGAAAUGGUGGAGCUGCCCAUUUUUCUUUAUAUUUGGGCCACUGUAAAUCAACAUACAAUCAUUGGCUACUGUUUCCGCCUAGAAAGUUUAACAAAGUUAAAUCAUCUAACAUUAAUGUAUUUUGAUAA